CCCGGUCAGUGUGCUUGGGGCUUCCGGUCAUCGUGCCGAGUCGAGUCCGUCCGUCGCAACCGCACGUUCACGUUUUGUGUUAUUUACACCAGUAGUGCAUCGUCGUAGGGUGACGUUUUUGCGAAACAUGGCCAAGACAACCACGGCAACUCAAAAGGUUCAAGAGUACAAAGACACCCUCAAAACUAAGGCUGAAGACUUGAUAUUAAAUGGAUUCCCUGAAAAAAUAGUUAAACUAAAUGAACUCCUGGAAACAUCUCUGUUUGUCCCUUUGGAUCUCGGCAGUGUCCAUCAGAAGUUAAACAUUCCUAUCCCUGACCCAGUUCAUAUCAACAGUAACUCUGACCAUGCAGCAUCUAAAAAAAGGAAAUUGGACAAUGCCAAGUCCGAAAAUGAAGUUAAUGAAGUUGAUGUUGGCACCAAAGUCAUGUUGCUGACUUCAGGGCCGGUCCCUUGUAAUUCCAAGCUAACAGAACUGAUAGGUAUUGUGAAGCCUCACAUCAAGGAAUUAGUUGCAGAUUCUAAUUUGUUGAAAAUGUGGGUUUCGUUCAUGAUUCCCAAAAUUGAAGAUGGAAACAAUUUUGGAGUGUCCAUUCAGGAAGACACCCUUGCUGAAAUUCAGUCUGUAGAAUCAGAGGCUGCUGCUUUCUUUGACCAGAUCUCUCGUUACUAUGUGUCUCGAGCCAAACUUAUUUCAAAGGUGGCCAAAUAUCCUCACAUUGAAGACUACCGGCGAUCGGUGCAGGAAAUGGAUGAAAAAGAAUAUUUGAGCCUUUGGUUGGUUUUGUGUGAAGUGCGUAACCGUUACAGUACUCUUCAUGAUAUUGUCACCAAGAACAUUGACAAGAUUAAAAAGCCAAGAUCAACCAAUUCAGUAUCUCUGUACUGAAAAGUUGAUCUCUUUGUUUGGCUUAGUGUCCCAAACUUGAAAUUGGUCGAUUGUGAUUUUUGUCCCUUUCCUUGUAUCUCCAAGUUUAGCGGAAUUGGUAGACCUCCACUGGUUGGACAUCUCCAAUACCGUCAAUAUAUUUGUAGAAAAGCUUGUUGCAGUUUCUUAUUACUACCGGAGUGUGACUGAAGCCGUAACCUUGUUUUACUUUGUUUUAACAUCAUUCUCCCACUAUUUUUUUUUUCUCUCUUUCCCCUUUUUAUUUAUCUUUAUCAAUAGGACCUGUAGUCUUGACCUACAACUAUGUCAUAGACUCAAUCUUACUCUUGACAUAAUAACUGUAUUGUUUAUGUUCCUUGUCAAUCCAUUAUUCUGCAUGGUGGUUUGUGGGUGUGCAGAUGACAUGCAAUUUAAAGCAGCCUAGUCAUGAAGGAUCAUACACUCAUGUCAUAGUUUGAACAUGAUAGCAUUUGCUGCCCUCAAGUUAACUGCUAGAACUUGCAUGGUUUUCACUCACUCACAUUUUUUAAGCAGUCGAAAUUUUGUGGUGUUUCUAUUUAAAUUUUCUUUUGCAAUAAAAUGACUGGUAGCUUCAGUUACUGCUCUUCUGUUUCCUCUAACAAAGGAAGGAGUUUCAUUCCAAGAAAAUUCAGUUGGUUCUUGGUUUGUUGCCCACCUGGAAUUUUAUCAAAAUUCUAGAUUGUUGUCUGCUGUAUGGAUAACACACAGAGGCCUCAUAAAUUGUGAUCCCAUGAUGUAUCCAUUGAUCAUUGUUUCCUGUAAUGGUUUUACCUUUAAGGUUGGUUAGCAUGUACCCUAUAAAUUUUUAUUUUUUUGCCCCCA